AUGGCCGAGCGGCCGGCGGCCGGGGACUGGGAGAUCGACGUGGAGAGCCUGGAGCUGGAGGACGCCGGCCGCGCGCCGCCCGGGCCCAGCCCGCCGUCGGCCGACGGCGACGGCGAGGACGCCGACGACGCGGAGGACGACGGCGACGGCCUGGAGGCGGGCGCGUCCCCGGGGGUGGCGGGCCGGCCGGGGCCGCCGCGGGGAGCGCCGCCGGGGCCGCCCCCCGCGCCGCAGGCGUCGCGGGCGCCGGCCGGGCCCCCGGAGCGCGGCGCGCACGCGGGCGGCGGCGCGGAGCCGCGCAAGCUCAGCCGCACGCCCAAGUGCGCGCGCUGCCGCAACCACGGCGUGGUGUCGUGCCUCAAGGGCCACAAGCGCUUCUGCCGCUGGCGCGACUGCCAGUGCGCCAACUGCCUGCUGGUGGUGGAGCGCCAGCGCGUCAUGGCCGCCCAGGUGGCGCUGCGGAGGCAGCAGGCCACCGAGGACAAGAAGGGGCUUUCCGGGAAACAGAAUAAUUUCGAGCGCAAAGCCGUAUAUCAGAGGCAAGUGAGGGCCCCCAGUUUGCUGGCCAAAAGCAUUUUAGAAGGCUACCGCCCAAUUCCAGCAGAGACUUAUGUGGGAGGGAGCUUACCCCUGCCUCCCCCGGUAAGUGACCGGAUGAGGAAAAGGCGAGCCUUUGCUGAUAAAGAGUUGGAGAACAUUAUGCUCGAGAGAGAAUAUAAAGAGAGGGAGAUGCUGGAAGCCUCCCAAGCUGCUGCCUUGUUCCUGCCCAACCGUAUGGUGCACGGACCCGAAUAUAACUCCUACAAAAGUGCUUACAGCCCCACCCCCGUGGAGCCGCCAAACAAGGACUUCUGCAAUUUUUUGCCCACCUGCCUCGAUCUAACCAUGCAGUAUUCAGGUUCCGGGAAUAUGGAACUCAUCUCUUCCAACGUCAGCGUGGCUACAACUUACAGACAGUAUCCCUUGUCCUCAAGAUUUUUGGUUUGGCCCAAGUGUGGCCCCAUUAGUGACACUCUUCUUUAUCAGCAGUGCCUCCUAAACACCACCACUUCGGUGCAAGCCCUGAAACCUGGGACCGGCUGGGACAUGAAGGGAGUGCGAGUCCAGGAGGGCCUCCUGGCAGAGCACGACAUGAUGCCAGCCAAACUAGAAGGCUCGCUGGUGUCGCCUCAUGCUGCGGAGGUCCAGACCACGAGAAGUGACCUUCAGGGUCACCAGGGCUGCCCUGAGAGGUCUGCGUUUUCCCCACCCCGACGGAAUUUCUCUCCCAUUGUUGACACGGACUCCCUGGCGGCUCAAGGGCACGUCUUAACCAAGAUCAGCAAAGAAAGCACCCGGCACCCCGUGCCACUUAAACAUAAUCCAUUCCAUUCAUUAUUCCAGCAAACUCUUAAUGACACAUCAGGCCCUGAGCUGAAAAUGCCAUUUGUCAAAGGGGCCUUUGAAGACGCCCCUAAGAAACCCAGGGAGUGUUUAGUCAAGGAGAACCAGAAGUACACAUUUACAAUAGAUAGAUACGCGGAAGACCUUUUCGUCGCCAAGCAAGUUGGAACAAAACUCUCUGUGAAUGAACCCCUGUCAUUUUCUGUUGAGUCUAUUCUGAAGAGGCCUUCAUCUGCCAUCACUCAUGUCUCUCAGUGAAAGGCCGCUUACACGGAAAGCUGCAUUUUCUGACGUCUCGGAGGGUUCUUACCAGUUGCUUUUUUUUUUUUUUUUUUGAGAAAAGAAGGUUGAUGUUUGUAUAAAGAAAUUUCUAAUGUAAAUGGGGAUGAUUUAAGAAAAUUAUAUAUAUUCAUAUGCAUGUACU